ACUCUUCUUCCCUUCAAACGGGAAACAAGAUGGCGGCGGCAGGUCCGAGUACUCGGGCUUCUUCCGCGGCGGCGGGGCUCGUUCUGAGUCGGCGGAGCCGGCGGGGCCGCUGUGACGACAUGGCGGCGGCCGCUAAGACUGGCGUUCCGAGCCCGGCUUCGUUGUUGACCGUGCUAUCGCCACCCCCGUGCCGACCGGAGGAGGAGUCGGGUUGCGCUGGGUGCCUCAAGACCCCGGGGGAAGCGGCGGCCCUGCCGUGCGGUCACUCUCUGUGCCGAGGCUGCGUCCGACGACGACGGCGACGACAACAGCGACGACGUCGACGCACCGCGGACGCGGCGGGCCCGGCGUGCCGGCGUUGUCGCCGUCCGCCCCGACGAGCCAAGUGGAGCGGCCGUCGGAGCCGCGACGACGGCCAGGCCGACGCCGAGCUGCUGGACGAGCGCGCCCGGCGCGGUCACACGGAGCGUUGCCGCCCGCGCCGGGACGGGGGCGCGGCCGCCGCGGGGCCCAGGCCGAGGCCCGGGGAGCCGGAGCCGCGCGCUGCGCCCGCCGCCGAGCCAGAGUUUAUAUUCAGAGCACCAAUCAAACUAAGCAAGCCUGGGGAAUUUUGUGAGGAAUAUGAAUGCCUGAGAAAGCUGAGAGAAGAAAAGUUACAAGAAGAAAAAACUUGUGACGAUCAAAUCCACAAGCUAUUGCAAGAAGACACAGAAACAGGGAAAAGGAAAAUGGAAGAACAGAAAAAAAGAGAUGAGCCUUUAGUAUUGAAAACAAAUCUGGAGCGUUGCCCUGCACGUCUCUCAGAUUCAGAGAAUGAAGAACCUUCUCGAGGCCAGAUGAUGCAGACACAUCGCUCAGCAUUUGUUUCCAAGAGCAACUCCUACUCCUUAGCUUUCCUGGCAGGGAAGCUAAACACCAAGGUGCAGAGGAGUCAGAGCUGCAGUGACACAGCAAAGAGCAGACUCAGAACGGCAGCACCCAGCAAAGCCAAGGUCACAACUAUAACUCCAGCCUCCAAUCCCAUUAUCGGUGUCCUCUUGUCCACUCAGAACAACCGCUGCCUGUCGGCCCCUGACUUAACCAUAGAAAAGCGCCUGCCCUUCAGCUCCCUCUCGUCCUUGGCUUCCUUGCAUAAGCCAGAGCGCUCUAUCAGUCCUGAGAGCAACGACAGCAUCUCUGAAGAGCUAAACCAUUUCAAGCCCAUCGUCUGCUCACCAUGUACUCCUCCCAAGAGACUCCCUGACGGCCGCGUGCUGAGUCCCCUCAUCAUCAAGUCAACACCUCGCAACCUGAACAGAAGCCUGCAGAAGCAGACCUCUUACGAGGCCAGCCCACGGAUCCUCAAGAAGUGGGAGCAGAUCUUUCAGGAGAGGCAGAUCAAAAAGACCCUUUCAAAAGCUACUCUCACAUCCCUGGUCCCUGAUAUGGGGGAAGACUUAGUACCGAAUUCUGAGGUUAUCCAUUCUAGCAAGGAGAAGCGUCUGGCUCUAAACACAAGACUGUCCAGUGGGCAGGUGCCCUCAGAGUAUGCUGGACCCACCCCCACUGACUUUGAGUAUUUUCCCUCUCUUAACCAAACAAAAGCCGAACAGGACGGCGGUAGGAAAAGGAUUCCUGAGGGUCUGCUAGAAACCUGCCAUUCCUCAGAACUCAAAGGAGUAACCAGUGGAACUUCUUUGCAAGGGGUGCAAUUUGAGGGGUCAGAUACCACCCUAGAAAAAUCCUGUAUAAGUACAGCCAUGAAAAUCUCAACAACUAAUUCAGUGCUACCCAAAAACAAUGUUUUGAGCGGGGUUCUCAAAACUAAGAAACAGCUGAAAACAUUGAAUCAUUUUGACCUGGCUAAUGGUAUUCUAGUAGAAAGCCUAGGGGAGGAGCCUGUUUCUUCAUUACGCCGGGGCCGCAAAAGACGCUGCAAGACCAAGCACUUGGAACAAAAUGGCUCUUUUAAGAAACUGCGACAGAACAGCAGUGAGAUGGGCCUGGCCUCAAAAGACCCAGCAAUACGAGAAAGGGAGCAGAAAUUACAGCAAGAGGAAGAGGACCGACGGCUGGCUCUGCAGCUGCAGCGCAUGUUUGAUAACGAGAGGAGGACUGUGCGUCGGCGGAAAGGAAGUGUGGAUCAGUAUCUCUUGCGGUCCAGCAGUAUGGCUGGGGCCAAGUAGCACUUAAUGGACGGUGUUAACUACUUUUAUGAAGUCUUUGGCUUUGAUCAUUUAUCCUAAAGAACCGAAUGGUUUUCACUUGGGGUUUCUUUUAAUGGCAAGACACUGUCUUAAGAUAGAUCUGAGAAGUUCCAGGGCCUUGGUAACGGACAUGCAAGGUUACUGCAUCUCUGAUUCUCCCUGAUCCAGGCCAGAAGCACUGCAGGGCCCCUGAGCAAACCACCUGAGGGCUUCCCACUUGGAAAGAGAUUUGGAAUGGCUUCAUGCAAGAGCAUGGUGGCCAAAGUCAGGAAUGAUAGGGAAAGAGAGGAUAGCUUUUCACACUGGUAAGACCGCCUGACUUCUUCCAGUAGGGCAGUAUUUUAAAUCAGCCUUGCAGAUAAAGGCCAGUCCCUCCUUUCAAGGUAGUGGAGCAGUUUAGGACUUUGGAAGAUCUAAGGUAAUAAAUAAAUAUGUUCUCUCUUGACCUUCUUGCCACAAGGAACUAUGUGUCCAAAUCCCUUGCACACUUACAUGCCUCGACAAAAGUUAACUUAGGGUUAGGUUUGUGUGUAGCUCCGUUGGUAGAUUGCUUGCCUACAGGGCUUGGGUUCCACCCCUGGCAUUGCAUAAGCUGGGUGUGGUGGUGCACACUUGUAAUCUAGUACUUAGGUAGAGGCAGGAGGAUCAGAGGUUCAAGGUCAUCCUUGGCUACUUAGUGAGUCCAAAGCUAGCCUAGUCUAGAGACUUUGUCUCAAAACAAAAAGUUAAUUUACAUUCUGUUUAAAAUGUGACAUUUAGUGCUGUGUGGUUGACAGAGCACAUUCUUCAAGACUUUGGUUAAUUUGGUCUUCCUGAAAGACCUGACUUGUAAGUGGUGUUAGCCCCAUGUUCAGAUAAUGAAGCCGCAGGGCAGGUGUUCAGGUUCUAUCAACUGUGGCGUGGCAUCGCCCAGACUCCAGACUGGUGGGUCUUGUAGCAACAAAUCCCAUGGAUUUCCUAUACUCACAGGUUGACCAAAUAAACUGCAACCGAAAGGCAUGCCAGGGCUACCUAGGGAAAACUGGCCAGGCAUCGAACACUGAUAGUGCAAACCCCACCCCCAAGUAGUUAAUGUGGGUGGAAUGUAUAAACCUAUUCUGUGCAGUAGUUUUCCCAUGCCCCCAUCUAUAUUUUCUGUUUUCCUAGGGGUUCCAGCCUGUGAGACAAAGUACAAUGGGGUGUCAUUCUUACUUUCUGUAUGGCAGUGGUUAUCUGCAAUGUUGAUCUAAAAUCCUAAAACACUUGCCCCAAAGUCAGGUAAAGAAUCAUGCUGAAACUCCAUACUAUGGAAAUGAGGUAGCUGGAUGCAGCUGGUAAAGUCAGUCCCAUGGACCUUGGGGUUUAUUUUUCUUAGCAGCUGACACCGUGUGUCUUUUGCAUCCCUGGUGGUGCUUGGUGCUUCUGCCCUUCUGGGCUCAUGGAGAAUAGGGAUCAUGAUAUGAUUUUAGGGAAUCUCAGAUGGUUUGGCAUUCUGUGUGUAUGAAUGAACUGUUGCUAUAGUCACAUGACUGUCAUUUUAACAAACCUUCCAGAGCUUGUAUACUCCAGCGCACGCUGUCACCCUUGAGUAGCUCCAGCAGGUACUGCAUAGUCUUUUCCAGUGAAGCUGCCUUUGGUCCAAAUGUUUCUGAAACUCGAGCCUGGGGUGUGGUGAGCCAGGCUUGUAAUCACAGCACUCAGGAGGCUGAGGUGGGAAUAACAGGUGACUUUUGAGCAGCCUAGGCUACAGAGUAAGUUCCAGGUUGGCUUGGGCUAGACUGAGACACUGCCUAAUAUAUAUAUAUAUAUAUAUAUAUAUAUAUAUAUAUAUAUAUAUAUUCUUCAAAGUCUAGGCCAUCUAGAGAUAGACUCCUAGACUGAUCAGGGGAGGACCUACCACACUGUUUGCUCAGGGCCUAUUCAAUCUUUUGGAGUUACAGGUGGUAGAAUUUUAAAUUUGGAAUUCCACAAACUACUUGAAGCCUCUGGUAAGGAGGGUGGGUUGUCAAGAGGGUGUGGAGUCAUGGGAAGACUCCCACUGAGGCCAGCAGGGCCGUUUUUUUCCUGCAGCUUAUAGUUAGCGGUUCCCAGUGAGGAGACCCUAGAUGCCAGAAGCAUUGUGCUCUUCACCGAGCUAUGUGGUGUCUCUGGGACCACUCUGUGGUGAACAGCACUCACUGUGUGCAGGUGGGAGGGAUCUGUGUGAGUCCACAUGUGCAGUGUAUGUUUUAAAAACACAUUAUCAGUCUCAUUACCAUACCUGCCUCACCACUCCGGUUCUAGGUCUUCUAGAACUUAGAGCCUCUAAGUCUGGAAGGCAUUUUAGUUAGCUCUCCAAAUAGAAGAGUUGGCACUGGUCUGCAGAGGCCAGACAUACCCAUAGAGAAACUUAGUUUUCAUCAUUUUAUGUAUUUCCUUUUUGAUCUUAGUAAUUAUUAUUGGAAACUAGUCUUACUAGUAGUAGCAAAGACACUUAGUUCUCCAUUUUCCAUCUGUUUCUUUACCUCCAAUGAUUUGAAAAACACUUUCAGUUGGAAUUAAUAUUUUGUUUUUGGUAAAAAGAAAAAAUAUUUUUAAUAGAUGAAAGAUAUAUAUAUAUACAUAUAUAUUUUAAAUAUCCCCCAGGUAAAUACUUUCAUUUAAGCAUUGUGUAUAGCAGUAGCAACAAGCUUGGGCUUCAGGUGCAGAGUAACAGGCUAUUUCUUGUUAAAUGAGUAUUCCAAACACUAGAUCCAUUUUAAGGACUGUCCCCUGUGCACCUUUUGUGACACCCAGAAUGGUAAGGAGCAGUGUUGUUUUCAACACUUCCUGCUGAGCAGUAAGUUCAGGCAAAGCAGUUUAGGUUGAGGAGGAAAACUUUUAUCUGCUUGGCUUUGGAAGAGGAAAAAAACCACUACAGUAUUUCCUGUAUGUUAAGAUGCUUCCCACGUGUAAUAGCCCAAACCUGAAUACUUUCUUUCUGAAAACCUUUCCAUCUCAUGUUGCUUGACUGUGAAGUUAGUCACAGCUAGGGUCAUUGACAUGGAUUCCCUAAAGAUGGAGAGACAAGGAAAACAAGGAGACUAGGAUGGUUGGGAGGUUUGGUGAGCUAGCAUGAAAGACACAAUAUUUCACAAAAUAAAAUGUUUCUCACAAAUCACUGAAGUCCUGUUCACCAUGCAAAAUUCCUAUAGCUUGCUGUGUUCUUGUGUAUAUGCAUUCUGGUUAUUUUCUUAAUAAAGAAGAUAUUAUAAGA